ACCAGUGUGAUAACGCUCGCAACUUUGGUCUUAACAACAGUGAUCGUCUUCAGACUGUUUUCCAAAAGGCAAGUAAAUGAUUUUGGGAACAAAUUCGUGGUGAUUACAGGCUGCGACACUGGGUUCGGUCACGAAACAGCCAUUCGCCUGGAUAAGAUGGGAGUUCAUGUGUUGGCGACUUGUCUGACAAAGGAAGGGGAACAGAAUUUGAAAUCAGAGACGAGCGACAGGCUUAAAACAUUUCAGAUGGAUGUGACAAACUCGCAGCAAAUCAAAGAUAUCUACGAGAAAGUAAGGGGAAUUUUGCCCUUGGAACAAGGUGGGUGUAAGCGGCUGUAG